AAUGACCUUUCUGUGCCUUUACUGGAGGAGGAUUUGGAUGGCUCCUCGGGGCUCUUGUUUCCCUUCUACGACUCAGACACCCACAUGCUUUACGUGGUGGGAAAGGGUGAUGGAAAUAUACGAUACUAUGAGAUAAGCCCUGAGAAACCGUACCUGAACUACCUGAUGGAGUAUCGUUCUCCUUUACCACAGAAGGGCAUUGGAAUGAUGCCAAAGAGAGGCCUUGAAGUGUCAGCCUGUGAGAUUUUCCGUUUCUACAAAUUGAUCCCAACUAAAAGCCUGAUUGAGCCAAUCUCCAUGAUUGUGCCUCGGCGGUCAGAGUCAUACCAGGAAGACAUCUACCCCUUGACCACAGGAGCCCAGCCAGCGCUGACAGCACAAGAGUGGCUGAACGGAGUUAACAAAGGACCUCUUUUGGUAUCCUUGAGACCGGGCUCGGGACCUGCGGAUUCCUUACCAGAGUUUCUUGAGCCAGAACCUCUCUUGAAAACUACUGACUUGAGCCAGCGUCAGGGUCAGGGAGGAAGGAUGCCACUGGAAGACAUGCAGAAGCCAAGUGCAAUUGAAGACAGCAGGAAACAGCUGAAAGUGGAGGAGAAAGCGACGAAAAAUGAGCAAAUGCGCCUCUCCAAUGGCUUUGACAUAUUUGAGUGUCCACCACCAAAAACUGAAAAUGAGCUUUUGCAGAUGUUUUACCGUCAACAGGAAGAAAUUCGUAGACUACGUGAGCUGGUUAACCAGAGAGAUGUCCAAAUUAAACAGCUGGAGCUGGAGCUCAGAAACCUCUGCACGGACACAAGCAGUUACUGA